UCCAACAGUCUCAGUGGGUGAUGUUUGGUGAAAUCUCACGCAUCUUUGCUCCGGUUCCCUCACUGCGAGACCAGCAGCACGCUGAUAAACACUCGCGAGCCACGAUAUUUAAAGCACUACGACAUAAACUCACCGCAUGCUGCAGCAAGUCUGAGAUAUCUGAGAUAUUUUACAAGUUAGUCGAUUAUCGGAGUGACUGGAGAAGUUAUGCUAUUUUCCCGGACCAUCGCAGCAGCUAAAAAAUGAAUCCUCAUUGCGCGCGCUGUGGGAAAAUUGUCUACGCAACAGAGAAAGUGAACUGUCUGGACAAGUAUUGGCACAAAGGAUGCUUCCACUGUGAGGUGUGUAAAAUGACUCUCAACAUGAACAACUAUAAGGGAUAUGAGAAGAAGCCCUACUGCAACGCGCAUUAUCCAAAACAGACAUUUACAAUUGUGACAGACACCCCUGAGAACCUACGACUGAGACAGCAAAGUGAGCUCCAAAGUCAGGUCAAGUACAGGAAGGAUUUUGAACAGAGUAAGGGUCGGGGCCUCAAAUUUGUCUUGGAUACUCCAGAGCUACAGAGACUGAGGAAGGCCCAGGAUCAGAUCAGUAAUGCAAAGUAUCAUAAGGAUUUUGAGGUGUCAGGUUUGCAUGGGGUCACUCCAGGAAUGCACGGGCCGUACCUGGUACGGGCUCAGAUGACACCUAACCAUGAGACGGUGGGGAACAGCACACACAAGGGGGUUCAUCAGUACAUCAUGGAGAUGGAUCGAAGACCUGGCGUCAUUGUGGGUAAGUUCUCUAAUGUGAGAUGCUCACACCUGGUAGUAAACCCUAAAAAAGCUAAAUCAGUAUAUUACCUAUAUCAAAAUAUCAAACUUACAACUGUAAUUGUUGUUUUAGCACCUGUUCUCCCUGGUGCAUACUAUCCCAGUGGCCACAGCCAUGGGCACAGCUACAUGCAUCAGACAAGCAUGCAUUCACUGAGGUCAGUGCAGCUGAGGUCACAGCACAUGAGCAUGACUGUGUACAGGGCCCUGUAUGACUACACAGCGCAGGAUUAUGAUGAAGUGUCGUUCCGGGACGGUGACAUCAUUCAGAACGUGCAGCCGAUCGAUGAAGGCUGGAUGUAUGGAACGGUACAGAGGACGGGGAGGUCGGGUAUGCUGCCUGCUAACUAUGUAGAGGGCAUUCGCUAGUUGUCUCACGGAGCCUCAAAUCAAACACCAUAUCUGAAUGGUCACAGGAACAGCUCUAUUUUAAUAGUGCUAAUUGUCCCACUUUGUAAGUGUUUAUAAUGUUACAUUUUUUAUUUUGUUACUCUGAAUGUCCAGUGUAAGUGAAUGUACACUACUGUUCAAAAGUUUGGCACAUGUAAGAUUUAUUUAUUCAUUCAUUCAUUUUUUUUUUUUUUUUUAAAUGACUACUUUUAUUCAGCAAGGGUGAAUUAAUUUGAUCAAAAGUGACAGUAAAUACAUUCACAUUGCUGU